AGCGGAGCAGCGGCCAUUGAAAUGAACGGCGCGGUAGCGGACACUGGCUCUGUUGAGAGGAGCAUCACGGUAACCCGAUUACUGUUUACUGUCGUUACAGUCUGGAAGUGAUUCGAUAGCAGCUGAUAUAAAGAGCAGUGACACCAGUGAGCACUAGACUGAUUCUCAUGCUUUCUCCCCUGAAAUAUCUGCUUCUGUCGCCAGUGCUGAAGAGAGUCAAUCAAUAACUGAGAAAUACAUAACAUGCAUAUGGUUGUUUUCUGCAAAUAAAGUCCCUAAACUCGACAGUUUCCAGCUGUAAAAAAUGACAGAUUCAAGUUACGCUGCUGAGAAGAUGGGGUUUGUUAAAGAGGAGAGUGAAGACGUGAGUGAUGAAGAAACACACAGAGAAGAAGAAGACGACACUGAAGAACAGAGAGAUCUGCUGGAAGUAAAGAUGGAAAGUGAAGAAGUGAAUGCAGUGGAGGAGGAUCAUCAGAAGAUCAUAACAGAAGAACAUUCACAGACUGAAGAUGAUUUCUCCCAGAAGAGAACAGGAGCCAAGAAAUCUCCGUUCAUCUGCCCUCAGUGCGGGAAGUGUUUCACGCUCAAAGUCAACCUCAACAGCCACAUCAGAAUCCACAGCGGAGAGCGAAGCUUCAGCUGUCUGCAGUGCGGCAGCAGUUUCUUCAAGAACGCAGACCUGAAGAGACACCUACAGACUCACAGCGGAGAGAAGCCCUUCAGCUGCCCGCACUGCACCAAGAGCUUCACACGCAAGGAGAGCCUGGAGAACCACAUCAGGAUCCACACGGGAGAGAAGCCCUUCACCUGCCUCCUGUGUGACAAGAGCUUCAUCCGCAAGGGACACUUCAAGAACCACAUGCGGAUUCACUCCGGAGAGAGGCCUUUCACGUGUCACGAGUGCGGGAAGAGCUUCACACAGGCGACGAUCCUCAGAAACCACCAGCACUCGCACUCUGGAGAACGACCCUUCGGCUGCGAUCGGUGCGGAAAGAGCUUCAUCUCAGCAAAGCACCUGAAGAUACAUCAGAAGAUCCACCAGAAGCUCUUCCUGUGCUCCUUCUGUGGAAAGAUGUUUUCACAGCUGGGUUAUCUGAAGGAGCACCAGAAGAUCCACACCGGAGAGAAAGCUCACGUGUGCUCGGUGUGCGGGAACAGCUUCUCCAGAGCCAAAUAUCUGAAGGAACAUCAGAAAGUCCAUACGGGAGAGAAACCCUACAAGUGCUCGCACUGCGACAAGAGUUUCAGUCAGUCGGGGAACCUGAAGAUCCACGAGAGAGUUCACACCGGAGAGAAACCGUACCGCUGCCCGCCGUGUGGAAGGAGCUUCAUCACCUCCAGCGCUCUGCUGUCGCACAGGAGAAACUGUCGCCAGAAGUUAUCAUAGUGAGCAGGAGUCAGGAGAUAAACUGAGACGUCAUCAUGCAAAGUCAUUGGAUUGAACUUCUACAUGCUGGAGAGCAGCAGCACUUUCCACAUUAAAUACUGUGUGCUGUAACGUUUGUCAGACAAUGACAAUAUAAAGUCUGUUAUUUCUCCAUGCAUAUCCUUAAAAAAUGCAUUAUAUCAGUUGCAUUUUGUGAGAGGUGAUUAAUUGAAAAGACAUGCAGUGAAAAGAACAUGACGAGAUCAGAAGAGUGAUGGAGGCCUAACAUCUACAGCAUUGAUGAAAAUAUGAAAUAAGGACCUUUGCAUUAGUCAAGUCAAGUCACCUUUAUUUAUAUAGCGCUUUUACAAUACAGAUUGUGUCAAAGCACUUAACAGUAUCAAAUUAGAGGAUAGAGUGUCAGUAAUGUAUAAUGAUAAGAUUAAGCACUCAAUUUUUAAUUUUCAGUUAAAAGCAUUUCAUUAUUGAAUUCAGAGAUGUCAUUGUCUAGCUCAGUUUAGUUUAAAUAAUAUCUGUGCAAUCAAAUCGGCGAUAAUCGCUAGAAAUUAAGUGUCCCCAACUGACAUACAUUACAUAAACUUUGUACUUUGCAUAGUUUGGUCACAUGUUCAUUCAUUGCUGAAUAGGGUACAUUAAUAUUAUUUAUUGGCUUUAACAAAGAAAAAACAUCAGCAAUCCGAUGCCAAGAAAAAAAAAAGGAAAAAAAAAAAAAAAAGAGAUGAAAACGAAGCCCGUGCGUCACUUUCAGGUAGGCUACAUUCAUAAUCCUGUGAAACUUUUUUGGGUGUUGAGGUUAAUAAUGGUUUUAAUGUCGGUAAUAAUUUCACCACCACUAACGCAUUCAAUACUCUCCGAGUUUCCAUGUUCCCUUAUGAAAGUUAGCCAUGGUUUUAACAUGAAAAAAAAAAAAAAAAAUCAUGGUUCUUUUAACCAUGGCAACCGCAAAUUAACCAUGGUUUGGUUACUUGUAAUAAUAAUAGGCUAUACAAAGAAGUAUUAAGAUAAUAUUUUUGUGGUUAUAAAAACAAACCUAAGCCAACAACAGCCUUUAAAUUAUUUAAAAUGCAUUAUAUAAAAACAAUGAGGCAGCCCUGCUGAAAAACAAACAAACAAACAAAAAACAAAACAAAGGAACCAUCACAGAAAAUUCUAAUACCAUCACAAAUGAAUCACAAAUACCAUUACAAAAAUUACAAACCAUCAACUUUUAACCAGAGGUGGGUAGAGUACCCAAAAACUGUACUCAAGUAAAAGUAAAAGUACUUGAAGAAAUAUUUACUCAAGGAAAAGUAAUAGUCUGAAUAGUUACUUGAGUAAGAGUAAAAAAGUACAGGAUAAAAAAAAACUACUCAAGUAGUUAGUUACUAGUUACUUU